AGAGGUGUCUGUUAGAGGUCGGCUGCUGAAUGUGGGGACGCAACCGGAUGUAACCAAUAAGCUCAUCCGGCAGCUGAGAGGCCGCUUAGCACACAAGCUAACGUCAUCUGAACAGUUAAAACCUUACUAUUUGAUCAUAACUACAUAUUGUCAGCCGACAACACGAGAGAACCAACAUGAUUAAAGCCAUCUUGAUCUUUAACAACCACGGAAAGCCGCGGCUGAUCAGAUUCUAUCAGUAUUUUGCUGAGGACAUGCAGCAGCAGAUCAUUCGGGAGACUUUCCAUUUGGUAUCUAAGAGAGACGACAACGUCUGCAACUUCUUGGAGGGUGGAAGUCUCAUCGGCGGCUCCGACUACAAGCUGAUCUACCGGCACUACGCGACCCUCUACUUUGUCUUCUGCGUGGACUCAUCUGAGAGUGAGCUCGGCAUCCUGGACCUGAUCCAGGUGUUUGUGGAGACGCUGGAUAAAUGCUUUGAAAACGUCUGCGAGCUGGACCUAAUAUUCCACAUGGACAAGGUCCAUUACAUCUUGCAGGAGGUGGUGAUGGGAGGCAUGGUGCUGGAGACCAACAUGAAUGAGAUCGUAGCCCAGGUGGAGGUGCAGAACCGCAUGGAGAAGUCCGAGGGAGGUCUGUCAGCGGCCCCAGCUCGCGCCGUCUCUGCUGUGAAGAACAUGAACCUACCUGAGAUUCCCCGCAACAUCAACAUCGGAGACAUCAAUAUCAAAGUGCCGAGCCUCUCCCCGUUCUGAACAGCCGUCCCUGCUGAGCUCCGCGGGGCUCAUGUACUACUGAUGCAGCUCCCCUCCACCCAGUUCUGAUGUUACUACAGAGAAAAAACGUUCUACAUGUGUAUUAUGGGACCACAGCAGCUUAUUCUCUCCCCUCAUUCCUAUAUUAUCACGUCAACUGGCGACAAUCAUUGGAUUAUUGUUGAGUUCUGCUGUGCACAAGUUACAGAUUAACUCCAGUUGAAGGAUUUGCACAAUAAUGUAAAGUUAGAUUCUAUAAAGCAUCAAGAGGAAUUUUAAUAUAUAGCUUUUUCCUGCUAUUCUCUCUCUAUCUGUGUGUAAUUUUUAAUUUCUCCAGUUGAUUUCCCACUCCCUCCAAAAGAAAGACUGUGUUGACCCAGUGCCUAUUUUCCUGCACAACUCUUCCAAAUCUCUGACAUUCAUCAUCGGUCCUCCCUACCAAGGAUUGAAAACUUUUCCCUCCGUCUGGAGCGAGAUUUGUCGGACUCGGCCAAUUCACCGUAAUAACAUAUUUUGGCUUCAGUGUUGGGUUAUAAUUAAUCAAACACAUCUUUAUCUCCUGUUUGUGUUUUUGUGUGUGUUCAUACUGCCUGGGAUAAGACUCCUCUGCUUUGCCCCUGUCACAACUUGUUUUCCAUCUCUGUAAUAUAUUGUCUGCCGGACAUCCUCGUGAUUUGCGAAUGACAUUAUCGCUCUCCUGGGUGCAGCUUGUGCUCAGUACGGCAAAUGUAAAUGCAGUCUAAUUUUCUAGGCAAGUUUUAAUGUGCUACAAUAGGAUCAUGCCAACAUCUGUUCAGAGAGGCAACAGGCUAACUUUGCCCUGUUUUGGCUCCUUAAAUGUUUGUAUAAAGUGUGUGUUUUGUCUUUAUUGGCUGGUAUCUUGUGAUCAGGUAUAAUCAAGUUCAUUCCAGCCAUAUCCAUGUCCUACAAACCUAUUUGUGUCAAAGACAUUUCUUGCCGUUGUAAAUUAAAUAAAUGAAAAUACAUU